AUGACAUCGCGGGAUGCGCCGACGUGGCUGGACGCUUUUCCCGAGAUGCCCCGACGUCCAGCAUGGAAAACACCAUGGACGAAGACGAAGUUUGCCAUGAUGCUGCUAUACAAAUAUCAGGAUGGAUGGCAUACAGCCGUUGAUCGCUUGUUCUCGCCCAAACACGGCAGUUGGAACAGCAUGGAAAAGGGGAGACGGCUGGCAGAUCACGAGACCUCUGCUAGACAUGAUGAGCUUCGUUCUUCGAAGCCUUCCGCUAACGAACGACAGGACGAUGAUGCAAAGAUAUGCGUAGUUAUGGUUGGGCUCCCGGCCCGUGGGAAAAGUCUCAUUGCUGGCAAAGCCCUACGUUAUCUUUCAUGGAUCGGAAUUCCAGCAAAGAUCUUCAAUGUGGGACAGUACCGUCGGCAAGACACGCCUCAGCCUACCGCUGCAUUCUUCGAUACGUCUAAUCCAGAUGGUGAGAGGCUACGUCGUGCCGCGGCCGAAGCUGCAGUGACGGACAUGAUCCGCUGGUUCUCGACCACCGGAGGACAGGUAGCAAUCCUCGACGCAACGAACUCUACCAAGACCCGGCGCAGGUGGAUCCGCGACGUGUGCCAGGAAGCUGGAAUCGAGCCGCUCUUUGUCGAAUCGAAAUGCGACGACCGUGAUCUCAUCAUGUCCAAUAUUCGCGAAGUUAAAACUACGUCUCCUGAUUACGUCGGACAGGACCCUGAGAUCGCUGCACAGGACUUUAUGAAGCGUAUCAGCAACUAUGAGAAAGUGUACCAGACCAUCGACGAGGACGAGGACGUCUCUUACAUCCAGCUGAUCAAUGUUGGAACGUCUGUUGUGAUUAACAAUAUCCGGGACUAUUUGUCUAGUAGAUUGGUCUAUUACACCAUUAAUCUCCACAUCAAGCCUCGAUCAAUCUGGUUGUCUCGACACGGAGAAUCCGAGUUCAACCUUUCAGGACAGAUCGGGGGCGAUGCGAAUCUGUCUACCCGUGGCGAAGGAUAUGCGCGGGCUUUACCUUCUCUUCUUAAGGAAUCUGGCGUCCCUCCUGGAACGAAAAUAGUUAUCUGGACAUCUACUUUGAAACGAACGAUCCAAACAGCCCGUUUCCUCCAGGCAGAAACGGGCUAUGAUAAGUUGGAGUGGAAGGCCCUUGAUGAGCUUGACUCCGGCGUCUGCGAUGGCCUCACUUACGAAGAAAUCGCUGAACGGUACCCAGAGGACUUCAAGGCUCGUGAUGACGAUAAAUACAACUACCGCUAUCGUGGCGGCGAAUCUUACCGCGAUGUUGUCAUUCGUCUCGAGCCGAUUAUCAUGGAACUUGAGCGUAGUGAGAACGUGCUUAUCGUUACCCAUCAGGCCGUCCUUCGAUGCAUCUAUUCAUAUUUCUUGAACAUGUCGCAGGAGCAGAGCCCCUGGAUGGAGGUCCCGCUUCAUACGCUGAUCAAACUUACACCUCGAGCCUACGGGACGGAGGAGCGAAGGUUCAAGGCGAACAUCCCGGCUGUCUCGACCUGGCGUGGGAAGGGCUCAUCGGCAAAACACCAGGAGCCAGAGGUUCCACCGGCAGGCAAAUAG